ACUUGAGUUUACUGCGGCGAUCGCGGCAUUUCUGCCAAGUCGAACGUACGUUCAGUGGUUCAGUACUCGAGCUAACAUCGUACCGAUCGUGUGUCUUUUUACUACUCCUUUUAUUUUAAAUAAAUUACUCAAAAUUACAACUUUACCUAAAAAUAAAUAAAAAUGAUAACGUCUCGAGGUUUACGUGAAGAAGUGGUUAUUUGAUUAUCAUCAGCAUAUGAAGACUAAUAAAAAUUUUAAAAUACAGCAAUUGGAUACAAGGCAAUUGUUUAAAUAAUUAAUCCCAAGAAUUUAAAAAAAAAAAAAAAAAAAAAAAAAAAAAAAAAAAAAAAACAAAUAAAUGAAUAAAAAAUUACAAUUACUGAAGUAACUCGAAAAAUCUUAAAACAGCUCUCACACACUACAUAUACAUACAAACAUACAUAUUCUUAUAUUAUUUAUAAACUCACACCGUAUUCUUCCAUUGGUACGUUCGUUAUCGCGCCAAGUAGUCGGCACACUUGGGAGUCGACUUUCUCCUCGUGUCGUCGUCGCGACAAGCUGGAUAGGAUAACUUACAACCAAUUUGUUUCUUUUUUUUUUAUUGAUCAGUUCAAUUGUCAAUGUUGAUACUAUUGUCUUUUAAAAUUUUUUGUAAUUAAACCUGAGUGGAUAAAUUUAAACUGAAUUAAAUACCACAUAUUUUAAAUAUAUUUGAGAGCUGCAACGAAGAAGAAAUAAAGUAACGACAUCAAUGAGAAAAAACGGAUGAGGUAACUGUACUUGUAACGUGUGAAUACCCAAACAUACAUACAAAUAUCAUCCGGAGGAAGAAAUAUAUAAUAUAUUAAAUAUAUCUAUAUAUUUAUAACAACAUGAGGAUUAAUCGAGGAAUUUGUGGCAAACUCCAGGGCGGAUUUCUCAGACGAUGGUGGACAGCAGUUGCAGCGGGCGUGUUGCUGAUAAUAUUUGCAGCUGUUUUGGCAGCACUAUUUCCGAAUAUUAUGGAAAUAUUGAUAAAUCGUGAAGUAUCUAUACGAGAAGGUGGUCGUGCAUAUGGAUGGUGGAAAGAACCUCCAGUGGUACCUCAUAUGAAUAUUUAUAUUUACAACGUCACGAAUGCUGAUGAAUUCCUUAACAAUGGCGACAAACCGAUUCUUCAAGAGCUUGGUCCAUAUGUAUAUGUACAAAAAUGGGAUAAAACUAAUAUUAAAUUCAACGACAACGGAACUGUCAGUUACAAUGUCAGAAAACGUUUUGUCUUUUCAGAGGAAUUAUCCAGCGGUACUGAGGAUGAUUUGGUGGUCGUACCAAACGUGCCAAUGCUAUCAGCAACCAGUCAGUCCCGUCACGCAGCUCGUUUUCUACGGCUUGCCAUGGCCUCAAUUAUGGAUAUCCUUAAAAUAAAACCAUUUGUCGAGGUCUCGGUCGGUCAAUUACUCUGGGGUUACGAGGAUCCGUUGCUUAAACUCGCCAAGGACGUGGUACCAAAAGAACAAAAGCUACCGUACGACCAGUUCGGAUUAUUGUAUGGAAAAAAUGGCACUCAUCCAGAUCAGUACACAAUCUUCACGGGUGCCUCGGACAUCACCAAGUACGGAAUGAUGGACCGAUGGAAUGGUAAAGAUGGUUUCAAACACUGGACCACUGAUGAAUGCGACAAUGUACUGGGCGGGGAUGGCAGUAUAUUCCCACCUCACAUUAACAAGAAUUCAAAGCUCAAGGUCUUUGACAAAGAUCUCUGCAGGACUCUUCCUCUCGUCUUCAAGGAAGAAGUGAUGGCAGAAGGCGACGUUCCUGGAUUUAGAUUUGUGCCACCUAAAGAUGUAUUUGCAGCAGCUGAUCGCAUCACAUCCCAGCAGUGUUACUGUCCAGCUGGACCACCUUGCGCACCAGAGGGUACCUUCAAUGUAUCGCGUUGUCAAUAUGACUCACCAGUUUUGCUCAGUUUCCCUCACUUUUAUUUAGCUGAUCCCGCACUACGGGAAGCCGUAAUUGGAAUAUCACCCCCGGAUGAGGAAAAACAUCAAUUCUUUAUUGACGUCCAACCGUUGAUGGGAACGACACUUAGAGCUCGUGCUAGAAUUCAAAUAAAUCUUGCUGUUAGUCAAGUGCGUGAUAUCAAACAAGUUGCAUCUUUUCCAGAUAUUAUCUUCCCAAUAAUGUGGUUUGAAGACGGUGUAGAUGGCUUACCGAGCCAUGUGACGUCACUGCUGAAGAUGGCUGUUGAAGUGCCUCCGAUAGCACGUGCAGCUCUUUCGGGUGCUAUUGCUGCAGUAGGUGCCAUUGUUCUUCUCGGUGCGUUAUUGUGUCUUGCCAGAGCGGCAAAACAUCAAGAGAAGCUUCAUUUAAGCACUCCUCUACCUCCAGGUGCAUCUAAGCAAGGAAAUAUUAAUCCUGGUUUUCAAGGUUCCAUGAAGUAAAGUGUAAAUCAGACAUAACUUCAAGUUAAGAGAUAAUGGCAAUUUUUAAAAAAUAUUACUAUAGACUAUUUUUUUUUUGUUUAUUUUAAUUUUUAAUUUAAAUAAUUCUGUGUUGGACAAUUGAACAAUAACUAGAUUUAUUAUAGUAUAUUUUAAAACUAACAUGCCGUCAAAAAUCGUCAUGUUCUAUGACUAUCACGCAAUUGUUGCAAAAAUAACGAUUGUAUAAUUAUCGUGGGAAAGCUAAAGGUUACAGAAUAGAGUCUUAUGUCUUAUAUUUUAUUCAGAGGGAAGGUGAAAGCAAGAGAAAGGGACUGAUGCUCAAUGGUUUUUUGUGAUUAAUUAUUUUAAUACACAAAAAAUAUACAAUAAACUAAAUUAUAAAUAACUAUUUUUAUCUCUAUUUCUUGCGUUUUUUACCUACUGAAUACAAAAGCUCUCUUUCUUUAAAAUCAGGGCGGGUUUUUUUUUGAUUAAUUAUUACAAUUUUUUAAAUUAAAGAUUCAUGUAAUCUCACUCAGUUAUUUGCAACGACCGAUCGCCCAUUUUUUUAUUAGUGGGUCGAGGCCGAGAGAUAACGGGAUCUUUGUAGAAAAUAAAUUUUUGACAAUUUAAUAUUUUUAUCUGUAUAUUAUGUCGUUUUGAUUAUUCGUGACUCCUUCGCGAAAAUUCGACCAAUAUAUUAACAUAAAUAUUUUUUUUUCAUAUAUAAAUAUAUAGAUGUGUGUUUUUUGUGAUAUGAAUUAUAAAUCGAAUUUUAAUUUGUUGAUCAAACAAAAUAAUUUAAUAGCAAAUUUUAAAAAGUGUGUUGGAAAAAAUGUAAUCUGGUUUUUUUAAUCGUUUCAAAAAAAAAUACUGAUCGUUAUUAUUUUAAUAUUACAGUGCAUGAAAAUAUAAUUAGUAUUAUUUAAGUUAAUAAUAUAAGUGAAGAGAUGAUAAUUAAAAAUUUUAAAUUUUUUGUAUUAGUGAGAAAAAAAAUUUCUAAAUUUGUUUCUUAUUCCAUUCCGUCCAAU